AUGUAUAACUUUCAGCUGCCUUGCAUCAGUGUCUAUACUAGUGCCUUCACUUCACUGGUGGAUGUCUAUCCAUUUACUUUUCUCAAUGAGACCGAAGCAUUUUCUGGUAAAAUUGUUCGACUUCAGUUAUUGUGGGCUAUCGUUACAUUACGAUCUUAUUCAGCAUCUUCGUCGGAGUUCAAAGCGUUGGGAGAAAUAACUCCUCUAAUUGAGGCAGUCAAAAUAGUUAACAAGAAGCUUGUUCAAAUAAUAACUCAAACAGAGAUACGUAACAUGUUCCUAACCUUGUCCGAUCUACUAAGCGACAUGUACCCCAUACUUUUCGGUGAUGAUGUUCGCUUCAAGACCGUAUCAGGCCCUGCGCUAGAAAGUUACCUUGCGAUUCUCAAAGCUGUGAAGAUGAAAAUCUCUGGUCCCUAUGACAGCAAUUUUUUGAGCGGAUGUUCACCAUUUUUUGCUCACCUGUUGGGAGGAGUAAACGGAAAGCGAUCAAAACUCCGAGCAGCAGCUGCUGAGCUUUGGAAUAAGACAUUUGCAGAAGCGAAGUCUCUUGAUUAUCCGAAAGAGUUGAAGUUCGUUAUUUUUAAAUACUUGUGCUGGAUGUCGUACAUAGCUUUACCAUUUAGGAAG